AUGCGUCUUUCAACAAUUUCCCUCAUUGCUCUCGCAUCCAGCGUUCUUGCAGCUGAAGUCAAGAUUGAGAUUGUAAAAGCUGUAGAAUGUGAGCGCAAAACUCAAAAGGGUGAUAAGAUUCAUGUUCAUUACAGAGGAAAUCUUGAAGAAGAUGGAAAGGUUGGAAAGGAGUUUGAUGCAUCUUACAAUCGCGGAUCACCAUUGAGCUUUGUUGUUGGAAAGGGCAGUGUCAUUAAAGGAUGGGAUGAUAAUCUUCUUGAUAUGUGUAUCGGUGAAAAGAGACUUCUUACUAUUCCUCCUGCGUUUGGUUAUGGUGAUAGAGCUAUGGGUCCAAUCCCAGCCAAGAGCACAUUGAUCUUCGAAACCGAACUCAUGGGCAUUGAAGGUGUUCCCAAACCCGAAACCAUCAUCGAAAAGACCUCUUCCUCAUCAUCUGAUGCCGCCGAUACCGCGACUGAUAGUGCUUCGUCCUUAGUAGACAAAGCCACCGAAAAGGCUACUGAAGCUGCAACAGGAGGUGUGAAAAGUGUUAUUUCUGGAGCCGCCGAGGCUGUCAUGACGGCUCUUGCUGAUACUGAUGCUGGUGGACAGGAGCACAACGAGUUGUAG